CAGACUUUCAAGAAAACAUCACAAGUCAAUACUGAAUUGAAGGCUCCUCUACACUGCAUAAUCCUUGCUACCACGGCCUGCAGCAGACGGGACACAUCUUCUGCCUCCUGAUCAAUCAGGAUGGAUUUCUACUCACUAUGUACAGUGCUCCUGGUGCUUCUCAUCACCUGCUUCUUGGCUAAAUUCAGUAGUAUGAUGUUGGAAAAAGCCAAACUUCCCCCUGGACCAACUCCUUUUCCUAUCAUUGGAACCCUCUACAAGAUGAACUUCAGCAAUAUUGUGCAUUCACUAAUGGAGCUAAAUAAAACCUAUGGAGACAUGUUCACUAUAUACGAAGGGAACCGUCCUUGUGUUGUGCUGUGUGGAUAUAAAGCUAUAAAGGAGACUCUGAUUGACAAGGCAGAAGAAUUCAGUGGUCGAGCUUAUUAUGCUUCUGUCUAUGACUUUACCAAGGGAGAUGAUGUGGCAUUCAGCAAUGGUGAGAAGUGGAAGGAGCUGAGACAUUUUUCUGUGUUAACGCUAAGUAACUUCGGGAUGGGGAAACGCAGCAUUGAGGAGCGGAUAAAGGAGGAGGCCGAGUAUCUUAUUGAUAUGCUGAGAAAAGCAAAUGGUUCUCCGAAGGAUCAGAAACAUCACAUACACAACUCUGUGGCAAAUGUAAUUUGCUCUGUCCUGUUUGGGAAACGAUUUGACUAUGAAGAUGAAGAAUUUAAAAAUCUUGUGCGCUACUCCUUGGACUGCUUCAGAAUCAUGAGUAAUCCCUGGGGGCUGUUGUACAACAUUUACUCACAUUUCAUGAAGUACAUUCCGGGACCUCAUAAGCAAUUGAUGAAGAAUUAUACAGAAAUAACUGACUUUAUCAGGCAAAAAACGGAGAACAAUUUGAAGGAUUUGGACAGAAAUAACCCCAGGGAUUUUAUAGACUGUUUCCUGAUCAAAAUGGAGAAGGAACAGAAAAACAAAGCUGCCUAUUAUAAUUACAACACUUUGCUGAUGAGCGUCAUGAUCUUGAUCUUCGGUGGAACCGAAACCUUGGGCAAUACAUUGUGUUAUGCGCUUUUAUUACUCAUGAAACACCCCAAUGUAGCAGAGAAGGUCUACCAAGAGGUAGACGAUGUUCUUGGUGGUCACUCUCCAAAUUAUGAGGACAGACAUAACAUGCCUUAUACUGAAGCUUUUAUACAUGAGGUUCAGAGAUUUGCUGAUGUAGCUCCACUGAGUCUUCAACAUGAGCUGACAAAGGACACCCAGAUUCGCAAUUAUACACUGCGCAAGGGAACAGCCAUCCUCCCACUGCUGACAGGCACACACAAUGACAAGUCCCAGUUCAACAACCCAAAGGAAUUUAACCCAAACAACUUUUUGGAUGAAAAUGGGAAGUUUAAGAAGAACGAUGCACUGAUGCCAUUUUCAGCAGGCAAGAGAAUUUGUCCUGGAAUGAGCCUGGCAGUUAUGGAAAUUUUCUUGUAUGUCACCACACUGCUGCAAAGCUUUACCAUCAAGUCACCGGUCCCCCCUGAGGAGAUCUCAGUGGCACCAGUGGGAGUGGGGCUUGCACACAUCCCUCCCAACUAUGAAAUUUGCCUUUUACCUCGUUUAUGCUCUGAAAAGUAAAAUGAUUAAAGAAUAAUUUUGCAUGCAUCUGUUGGGAUUCGUUACAUAUUCUUGACUAAAGGGUGCCAUUAUCUACCUAAGCUAGCGGUGGACUUCACUGGUCUGGUUUGCAGAAAUAAGCACCAGUGAUGGGUUUAAUAGAUAUUAAUUUUAUUUUGACAACUAGGCUUGGCCAAAGGAUGAAUUAUGAUAUGUCAAAUAAUGCACAUUAUGUUUUAGUUAGGAAAGUCAGAGCCUGCUAGUUCAUUCCAAAAUAAUUUAAUGGUUGCCCAGGCAUGUAACAAUAUGAUGUGAGCACAUGAAAGAAUUAUACUUACUUACUCUUCCGAAAGUUUUCCCCCAAUGAAAACAGAUGCUGAAACUAAGAAAAAGGUCCCAGCACUUACAGCAUGUAACAUUACAGUUGGAUACCAACUUUAUAGUAGAGAUGAGCGGGUUCGGAUUUACUUGGUUCUUUACGCAAGAAUUAUCGCCAUUUCUUUUUUUCUGGAUUUUUCUUAUUGGCUAACCAAAUCACGUGACGUCCGAUAGCCAAUAAGGAGAUUCGGGUAAAUCCGAGUAAAACUGAACCCGCUCAUCUCUACUUUAUAGUAGCUUUAAACUUUAUAGUAGCUUUAAAUUUUAUAGUACUGUAGCUUUCAUAUGGUUAUUCAUGCUGAAACAACCCUUUUUAUUGUAUACUUUUAGAACCAUAAUUGUUUUUUAGUGGAAUGUCUUUUUCGCUGCCAAAUGUAUACUGGUUUUGUUGGUAUUCUUGUUCUGUGAAAACCCUAAUAAAAAUAUUAUACAAACAAUAAUCAAUAAAGA